AUGACAAAUGAACAGACCACACGCGAUGGGCCAGCGCCUGAAGACUCUACCAGCCAGAUAUCACGGGAAGCUCCCCUGAAAGAGCUCGAUGCCAUGGACGACCUUGCUCUUCAACUCAAAGACGCUGUCACGAGCUGCGGUGAGGUCGCAAAAGCGGGCCGACCCCCAGUGGCCUUUUUCUUUGGCUUCAGACCAUCGGUCAAGCAGGACGACAGCGUCCGUCAGAAUUUCGACAGUCUCAUUGGUGUUUCGUCUCUCGCGCGUAUGUUCUCUGCCAUGAACAUCAUCACAGCUCGCAAAGCGAGAGAUCAGGGUGGGUCCUCAGACUCUGUCCGUGAUCCGUCUCACUUUGUCACCAUGAUCAACGAAGAGGCGGACGCCGUUGUGAAAGCUAUUACUAGCGGUCCCCUAGCUAGCAUGUACCAGCAACACAACAGUGGCUCCACACAGACUGAGGAGCAGUUGCUCAAGCGUUCGGAGCUGCAUGACUUUGUCCUGCCACGCAUCUUCGGUGGACUGCGCGCCAUAGGGAAGGAUCACAUGAAGGACCUCGAUGAUGUCUUGACAAGAUUUACUUCCACCCUUCGUUCAUUCAAAGCCGACAAGACCGGGUCAUCUGAUGGAAGCGACCAGCAGCUCAAAUUCGCGGUCUUGAUCCACUACGUCAACACGACUGACGUGACAGGCGAUGGCACAGUGAUCAUUUGCGAUCCAAUGACGCGUCUUGUUAGCAUCAGUGUACGCGUACAGGACUGGGCGCACGCGCUUGAUAAGCCAUCCAAGGUGGACCUUCGUCGACGGAACGAAAAGGUCCCCUUCAAGAUGACAACCACCACACUUGAGCUGCGUCUCAAUCAAAACAACUAUCUUGCGGCAAAGCCCAAGUUCGAGCAAGCUUUGAAGUUGAUGGUGGACAAGGACGCCGAGCUAAUGAAGAUUGUCGAGAAUGGCGGUCUUCUCGGAUACGGACACGAAACUUGUAACAUCUUUACGGCUCAAGAGGAAUGA